AAACGAUACCCCAAGCGGACGAAGAUCUUAUAUGCAGCUAUAUAUAUAUAUAUAUAUCUAUAUCUAUAUAUCUAUAUAUAUAUAUUAUCAUAGUACAUCACGGGAUGGCGGACUGCCGCGCAAUGACAGCUGGUUAAAUUAGCUAGCUCGCCGUACUGAUUGAUAGCAGAAGCACAGAACGCCUGCGCUAAGACGCAGUGCUGCUGAAGAGCCUACCAUGUUGUUGUUGUAAUUGAUCCCCAUUCUAACCCGAAAGUCGGCAUUUAGUACAGUGGGGCUUUCACGCUUAAAUGCAGGUGUGCAUUUAAUUUCGAUCUGGGUAUAUGUUCUUAGGGUUUACUGCAGAGUCUUUUGUCAGGCGAAGUAGCUACAAGUGUGAAGAUAUUUUUGGAAUAUGAGCCAAAUAUCAGAGACACCAGUCGAUGCUCCUGCAGUGACAGAAGCGCCUCCCCCUCAGAAUGAAAGCAAGCAGUCAACAGGUGGGAAGAAACAAAAUAAAAAGAAAGUGGAGGAGCUGGUGGAGGAGGAGGAGGAGGAAUAUGUUGUGGAGAAAGUGCUGGACCGACGGGUUGUGAAGGGAAAAGUCGAAUAUCUUCUCAAGUGGAAGGGCUUCUCUGAUGAAGACAACACCUGGGAACCCGAAGAAAACCUCGACUGCCCAGAUCUCAUUGCAGAGUACUUGCAGUCACAGAGGACAGCUAACGAGUCCAGUGGCAAGCGACGGGCUGACACAGAGGGAGACGGGAAGGAGAGCCAGCCGAAAAAACGCAAGGAUGAGCCAGAGAAACUCAGAGGCUUUGCUCGCGGGUUGGAUCCUGAGAGGAUUAUUGGUGCUACAGACUCGAGCGGAGAACUCAUGUUCCUCAUGAAAUGGAAGAACUCUGACGAGGCAGAUCUGGUACCAGCCAAGGAGGCGAAUGUAAAGUGUCCACAAGUCGUCAUUUCGUUUUAUGAGGAGCGCCUCACCUGGCAUUCUUACCCCACUGAUGAAGAGGAGAAGAAGGAUGAGAAAAACUAAGCAAACAAAGAGCUAUUGGGGAAUACUUACCAUAAAAAGGUGGUCAUUCAAAUGCACAGUUUUAUUUUUUAGAAAUAAUAAGGCAGUACGUAUAGUAAAAGAUUAUGCAGAAACACCACUGAAGUUCUCAACACCUUAAGCAGCAAAGCAUCAGUAACUGUAAUUUACAUAGGCUCUGAUAUAUUUGCAUAAGAUCUGGUAUAUUUCAGUCAUGGCACUGCUACUGUAGAUUAACAUAUUCAAUAGACUACUGUUCUAUCUAUCUUAUCUAUCUAUCUAUCUAUCUAUCUAUCUAUUUUUUCUUUCUUUUUUUUCCUCUUCAUGCCAUGAUCAUGGCUACACAUAGGUGACGCUAAUUAAAUGAGUUUGUUCUGGGCAGAUGCUUUGCAGCUUAAUUCACAAAGUGUGUUCUAGAACCUGUGUAGAUUACGGUGCUGGCCAUUUCUCAACACUUUCAAAAAUGCUCAUUUUAAUGUAUUACUGGAUUUUGCAUAGAUUUGACUAAUUAAAUACAUUACUGCCUUAACUAAGAUAUGUAAAACAGAUUACAUUUUUAUACAUUUGCCAAAAAACAGACCAAUGAGAGAUCAAGUGAAUCUAGAAAGCCCUUGCGGAUAAGCAAGUACAUGUAAAAUUGCUUGAGACUUGUCCAUGAGUCGUAUCUAAAGAUUGAGAUGGUUUGUAUGAGAUUUGUCUUUAUUAGAAUGUUCACUCUUACCAGCAGUUUUGAAUUUGAAACAUGAAUCAUUGGUCUGGUCACACUAUAGGUGCUACCACUGACUGAGCCCAUUUUCUUGACAACAUUCUGUAAUUAUAUUUGCACACUGCAUCCAGAGUUAGGUGAAUUACUUUUAUAAUCUUGGUUACCACAUCACAGAGCAAAUGUAGUAUUCUUGUCGAGAUCAUAAAUUGCAUCACUUCAAAGAGAGAGUUCAGCAAAAACUGAAAUUUAUACAACUUUCCAUUUACCAUAAAUGUAGUUGAUUUGCCAUACUUGGUUUGCACCAAAACUAUGAAGCUAGUUUAGCUUCAAACUUCAGUACACAAAAGUAUCCCUUACUUACAUACAUACACAAACCUUUACACAGGUGUUUCAAACCCCAUGUCAUUCUUAACUAAUUCAGCACUGAUGUGGUUUAGGGCACAGAGUGACCAUUGACUAAUCUAGAAAAAUUGAUUAGCUGUAAUAUAUAAAAAUGGACUAACUGAUCCAUAAAAAUUAACAAAUGUCAUUGUAUAGUCACUGUAAUCCUAUGAAGGAUCACCUUUUGGGUUCUGGAAUCAUGGAAUCCUUAAGUGAGUGGAAGUCAGGGAACCACCAAAAACAGGUCAGACUUAAAUCUCAUCAGACAUUCUACUCUCUUUUUCUAACACUUAUUUGCAGCAUUUAGUAUGCCCUCUUGUCUUGUCUUGUCUUGACCUUUCCCUGUGUCAGUACAACUAGGUUGGUGUCUAGGCAUACCACCAAUUUAAAUCUCUGUCAGAGACAAGAAAUCUUUGCUGGAAAGUACAUACAAGGUACAAGGGUUAUUACUGUUGACUAAGUGCAGGAUUAGGUGUGAACCCUACAUUUAGCUGCUUAUCAGUAUUUUACUUCAUCUCUGUGCUGUGACUCCAAACUACCCCAACAACUGUUAUCUUUUGCUGAAUCAAGUGCUUAGGGGAAAUGAUGUCAAUUGCCCAAGAUGCCAACUGUUACUAUAUAGGGUGAAGCAAAUGUGGGAAGAUUUUGUAGAUGAUGAUUUUGCUGAACUAUCCUCUUACAUUUUAAUGUGUAAUUGCCAGUUCUCUGAAUUAUGUAAUUAUUGUGCAACCUUGACAGUUUGUUUUAUAUAAAACCACUUUUGUUAGUUUAAUAAAAGUAGGAUUGAUGUA